AUGGGGCCUCCAGGCCACAUAACCUCCCCAAUCGAGCCGUACCCCUCGGCAGCCUCCGUCGCCCAGGCCACGGCCACGCACCGACAGGGCCGCUUCGCCAUCAGCACGCGCAAGCUGCCCAUCUCGAAGGCCGGCCCCAUCGACUCCAUGUCCGAGUCCCUGGGCAUCCCGGUCCCCGAGAUGAUCUUCGGCGACAACCUGGUCUCCGUCUCCCACGAGCCCUCGGGUUGGUCCGUGUCCUUUUGCGCGCGCGACGCCCUCGAUGCUGUGGACAAGACGGGCGAGAAGAUGCUGCAGGUCUCAUACGCCCGCGACUGGUCCGCCAGCCGCGAGAGGACCAGCGCCGGCAUCAAGGAGGUCGUGAAGCCCUUCGACUGGAGCUACAGCACCGAGUACCGCGGCACCGUGUCCUCCACCGGCCACAACGGCGGCGCGGCACCACGGUUUGCCCCCACGGACCACCAGAUCCCCAUCGAGCUGCUGAAGAGGAGGGAUCCGAUCCUCUUCUUCGACGACGUCAUACUGUACGAGAGCGAGAUGGACGACAACGGCAUCAGUGUGUUCAGCGUGAAGGUGCGCGUGCAUGAGCAGCGCAUGUUGCUGCUCGCCAGAUUGUUCAUGCGGCUGGACAAUGUGGUGGUGAGAGUUAGGGAUACGAGAAUCUACGUCGACUUUGCUACCGACGAGGUGAUCAGGGAGUAUACGGCAAAAGAAACAGGGUUCGACGACGUCCGACAGAAACUGCUCAUGACUGGCUUGAGGCCAGAUGAGGUACCCGCUGCUCUUAGGGACGCCAACCAGAUCGCAGAAUUACUAAAGAACCGGGUGGUGGAAGGGACUCUGGAAAGCAUUUCGCUGGCACCGUGA